AUGAUCCCCACUAGCAAUGGACACAGGCCAACUGGGUCUGUUUCGCAGGCUCAGAACCACAAGGCCCAGCUUGCCAAUGCAUAUAAUGAACUCGGCAAGGAGCUUUCCUCUCAGAAGAUCCGCGUAGUUGGAAAUUACACUCUCGGGAAGGUCAUAGGGGAGGGCACCUAUGGCAAGGUGCGGAUGGGCACUCACCGCCUCACGGGCACCCGAGUCGCCAUCAAGCAAAUCCCCAAGGCCAUGUCCGCCGCCCUCACCAGGGAGAUUCACCACCACCGACAGUUGCACCAUCCGCACGUAACCCAGCUGUAUGAAGUCAUCGCGACAGAGUCGAGCAUCUGGCUCGUCACCGAGCUCUGUUGCGGCGGCGAGCUCUUCGACUAUCUCGUGGAGAAGAGCCGCCUGGAAGAAGACGAGACGAGGGUUCUCUUUGGCCAGCUCUGUCUCGCGGUUGCCUAUGUGCACGGCAAGGGCAUCGUUCACCGGGAUCUCAAGCUCGAGAACGUGCUCUUAGAUGAGCAUUGCCGCGUCAAGCUGGGAGACUUUGGCUUCACGCGCGAGUUCGAGAAGGGCAACCUGCUGGAAACGUUUUGCGGGACAACUGGAUACGCUGCCCCCGAAAUGUUGAUGGCGAAAAAGUACCUGGGGCCAGAGGUGGACGUCUGGUCACUCGGUGUUAUCUUAUACACUCUCCUCACCGGCACGCUACCAUUUGACGACGACGACGAGGCUGUUAUGCGCGAUAAAGUGAUCGAGGGCGUGUUUGAGGACCCGGAAUGGCUUUCUGAUGAGGCCCGAGAUUUACUCACCAAUGUCCUGCAAGUGGAUCCAACGAAACGACUGACUAUUGCUCAAAUCCUCAAUCACCGCUGGUUCACGGCGCCUCCACCCCCACGAGAUAACAAGCGAUAUUCAAUCAUGACCGGUUCUCCCUCCCCUUCCAGACCAGGUUCACCAACGCAAUUGCAAACGUUGACCGCACGCUACCCGCAACCCCCCUCUGCUUCAUCGGCAUCGGAUGCUACUUUCCACUCUGCUGCCUCGGAGCUGUUCUCUUCGAAUCCGGGAACUCCUGAUGAGAAGACCAUCACUGAGUUCACAGGCGACUCACAAAGUACUCUUCAGAAACUCACUGGACAGCUACCACCUCCUAGCAAUGGCAAACUUCCAGAGGUUAUCCCCGAGGAAUUCAACGAGACUAGUGAGAAAGUCGACGAUGCACCGGAUUCCACCCCAUCCCGGCGUCCAUUCACUCGCAAUGAUAACGGCUCAAACCCGAGGCUCCCACCGGCAUACCCCACUCGUACGCCCGUUCGCACGAAACGUCGUUCGGUCUCCUCGACUUUGUCGGACCAUGGACCUGCUACAUUCGAGAAGUCGUCCGUCCCUACUCCUCCUCAAGACUUCUCGUCCAUCCUCCAGACACCGGCACCUCUCAUCUUCUCCACUCCCCUGGAACGCGAGCUACUGAACAACAUGAGUGGCUUGGGCCUCGACACCGGUCAAAUCGUCCACUCCGUCCUGAACGAUGCGUGCGACGCGACUGGAGCUCUCUGGUGGAUGCUCAAGCGCAAAUCAGAGCGCAAAGCUGUUGAGGAGAGUGCGAAGAAGCCAGCAGAGCAGACCGACGUUGCGACCGAAGCUUCCGUCGAAACUGCGCGUCCCAGGGCUCGAGGAGCUUCUGUGUCGCGACGUGAACCAGCAGAUGUCCGCGCUGCUUCGCCCAAGGACGAUCCUCCUACAACAAAUGGACGCUCCAAGGAUGCGCGGCCACCCAUACCACCGGCCCUCGUAGCAUCCUUACGUCCGACUCCGGACGUGCAACUCAUACCUGCAACGCCUACAGCGCCUGUCACCAACCGUCCUGCAACUCCUCCGCGGGACUCACCGAACCCCAUGCUGUCGCCAACUCCCUCUUUUACCGAACUGACGAUGAAGUCCAACCCUACGACCCCCAGCGGCUCCAAGGACAAGGACAACCAAGGCUCCAAGGGCCGCAAAGCUCGCUCUGGGAGUGUCAGCAUCAUGCAACGUGCUACCACUGCGCUGGAAGCUGCCGGUCUUGUUCGGAAGAAAUCUGCGGAGGCGGUCCGUGAGCAGAAAGAGCGGCAGGAAAGGGAGGAGAAGGAGAAGGAGCGGAUGAAGAACGCUAGUCCGGAUGAACCUCGUGCGUCACAUGGCUCUUCGUCCAGUAAACUCGUCAAGACACCCCCAAUUCGAGCCGUCAAGGACUCGGCCAUGUCUUCUACCCCUCCUCCGGCAGAGUUGAACCCUGCUCCCGCAGUCGGUUCCCCAUGGGUCUUGACCGGACGCCAGUCACCUAGUGCAGACACAGGAUCGCCGGCCGAUACUCUCACGUCCCUUCCUACUAUCCCAUCUCGCAACAACAAGGUCGGCAGUUCGGGGCAUCGCAAUCGCGCCAGCUUGCUUUCCGCCUUCCAGCGGUGGUUCAGGGAAGAUCCCAAAGGCAAGCGCAAGGAAGAUCCCGCCAUGUCCCUCGCACUACACCGGACGUCAUCGCGUAAUAGCAAUGGCUCUAGUCCUAUCGCCACCCGCCACAGAGGCACGGUCAAGGGACGCCCGGCUGGACGGGGUAGCAAGGUUGCAGGACGAGGCAAGAACGCAAACCGGUCCAAACGUGCCUCCGUUUCCUCUCGACGGUCCAGCAGUGUCAACUCUCGCCGAUCCUCUGCGUCAAUGCAGUUCCCCGUCCUUGAAUCUCCGUCAUAUUCUGCAUCCGUGUCUCGUCAACGAAGUGAUCAGAGCCGUCGCUCGUUCGGAAGCCACACUCCGAACUCGGAGCUCGACGAGCUCGUCUCCCGUCCCAGUUCCAUCCACAGCUUCGUCAACCAUCCGCGACAUCGCAAGUCACCAUCUGCGAGCUCGGCUGGUUCGAUGUAUAUGGGGAGGACAUCCUCGCCAUUGCCGAAACAUCGGCGCGGAGGCUCGGGAUCGUCGACACGAGUCGUCCGACAAAUCCAGAUGACCCCCGGCGGCUCCACCAAGGUCUCACAUCUGCGCUCGAACUCGGCGUCGUCAGCACAUUCACGACAGUCGUCGCGCCCGGGUUCCCUCUACGAUCUUUCGGAGACCGACAGCCGGCGCAACAACUCUCCUCACAAGUCGCUGCGCCACUCUCUCGACGACACCCCGCGUCGCGGUCAUGGCGCCGCCCAGUUCGUCGCGCACAAACGGCAGACGCCAUUCGCAAGCGGCACGAACAGCGGCUACCUCAACUCCCUCGGGCGCUCGAGCUGGAAGAAAUCCUGGGGGCUCGAGCCGCCUGGGUGGCAGACGCGCGCCGCGCACUCCACCGUGGAAGUCCUCGCCGUGUACCCGCCCGACCCGCCGACCGGGAUCCGCGACGUCUUUUCCGGCCGGCAGUCGCUCAGCAUGGGCGACGAGAGCGAUUGGGUGGACGAGGAGGAGGAGGGUCCGGCGUACGUCGGCGGCCUCGGCCAGAUGCCGUCCUCGGCCAGCUCCCUUGUCGCCACCUUUGCGCAGGCGGAGCAAUCUCCGGUGUUACUCACCCCGCCCCCGCGCAGCGCCCCGCCGCGCACGAACACGGCGAGCGCGUCCGGCUCGGGGAAGCGCGCGGCGGGCAUGGCGACCCUCGGCGUUGGCUCGUCUGGGGGCCGCACGGGCGGUCGCAACAAGGCCGGCCGCUCGUCUCCUGCUGGACGCAGCUCGCCGUUGCCCAACGAGUCGGUCUUCGGAGGGGACGCGUCGGAAACGCGCUCUGCCAGUGGGGGUCGUAGGGGCCAGUUGCCUGCGGGCCGGGCGGGUCCCGCCUUCCGUGGCAUCAUGGAGGAAGAGGAGGAAGAAGAGGAGUAG